AUGGAUGGGUAUACAAAGAUCAGAGCAUUCAACCCCACCAGAUCAAGAUCCGUUGAUUUUUCAGACGUCUCCCUCUCUCCUCCUGCAAAAACCCAACGACCCCAAAUCACAAUAACCAGCAACAAGGCCCGUGAACCGUUCGCGGAGGAAGAAGAAGCAAAGAUCGAAGAAGAUGAAGGGCAGAGAUUUGGGGUGAUUUUGAGAAGGAACUACUCUGUUUCUUCCUACUCUUCUACUUCUUCUCAGAAGUUUGGAAGGCCUUCUGUAAGGAGAGCCUUCUCAAUGAGGAAAUCCUCAUCCGUAUCAGAAGGGUAUUGCAGGAUCCAUGAUCAGUGGGGCCCACUCUCUCCUCCUCCACCUGAUGGUGUGGACAUGAUGCAGAUGAGAUCUAGGAAGAAGAGGGGCAGUAUCCUGAAAGCCUGUAAGCGCCUUUUCGGAUUUUCUUAA